AUGAACAGGUCAGCAAGGGCGCACAGGUCCACGAAGAUCCCCAACGUUAAGCUCCGUCCUGCCCAAAGAGGCUUGGCUGAAUCAAUAUCGGCGUCUUCCUCUUCUUCAAACAAGCGAUCACGCCAACAAGACGAUCUGCUUGAUGACCGCGAAGAUGCGGCGCACUUUCGUCGACUCCGAGACGAUGGACACGACCAUGGCGCGCAUCUGGACGCCGACUUUAUCGGAUCUUCCGCCCGUCCGCUCAAGGGUGCCAUCAUAUCCAUCACCGGUCUCAGCGAUCUCAAGCCCAUUCUGACUCAAUAUGCUCGUGAACUCGGAGCCAGAGUUGAAGGAAACCUCACUGAAGACGUCACUCAUCUCAUUGCUGACCGCCCCGGUUCCGAAAAGUACCGUUUUGCGCUCCAACUUGGCAUGCAUAUUAUCCGCCCCGACUGGAUCCUAGACGUUCGUCAAGCAUGGCUCGCCGGUGACAAUGUGGAUGCUGAACAGCUCGAACAACAACAUCAGCUGCCCGCCUUGAGCAACAUCACCCUCUGCUUCUCCGCUCUGGUCGGGGCAGAACGUCGUAAAUUCGCUGGCCUAGCGAAAGAGCUCGGUGCUACUGUAUCCGACGAGCUGCGUUUCGAUGGCACCAUUACGCAUCUCGUCUCUGCCACCGCCGACCCUAAUGCGUCUAGCAGCGUACAGCAUCUUCUUCACUUUCUCGAUCGAGCUCGCCACGGUCGAAAUGGCUCUCGAGAGCAGGCAGCAUCCCGCAUCUUGGCAGUACGUCCAGAAUGGCUUAUCGACUGUCAGCAAGCUGGAGGUUGCCUGGACGAAGCAAUCUACUCCAUAUUUGCCAUGCUUCCAGAUCAACGUAGGCGCUCUGCCCUCAUCGACAAAGCACGCUCCAAACUUACUUCGCCGUUUAUCCGACACGAAGAACACGUCACUCUUCCAUUUCAAAGCCCUUUCAUUGCUUCGAGCCGAUCCAAGUUGACCCUGGCUGAAACUGACUCUCUGGCGCGCAACUCCCGCAAAGGCGGCGCCGAUCCUCAAGAUGUCGACGAUGAACAGCCUAUCACAUUGGGUUCAAGACAGAAAGCGGCAGCUGCUGCUGAAAAAUCCUUCGACAAUAUCCUAUCUCAACUCAGAAGCCACUCGAAUGCGUUCAAUACAACACGGAACACUCCCAACUCAGAGUCAGAUACCCUUCUUGCAUCUCGUCCAGACGCACCAACCUCCACUUCCGCAUCCUUAUCUACAUCUGCGCAGCCGUCCGCGCUGGCUCCCACAUCCACGUCCGUCCCUGCUCCACACAAUCCACAUCGCAACAGCCUUCUACGCAUGUCCCGUGCUUCUAGCUUCUCGCCCGUGCCAACGGCUCCCCGCGUCACGUCUCUCAGCAUGCGAAAGAACAUGAUCAAUGCCAGCAAGCUCGUCACCCUGCCGCACUCUAGUCAGUCUAGCGGUUCGCAGCAGAUUGCAACCAGCAGCCGCGAGGGUUGUUUCCAUGCAAAGACUUUCGCUACGCGCCUGGACGACUUCCAUCGCCAAAAGGUGCUCGAACAAGUGUUGCGGGACAAUGGCGCCACCAUCCUCCGCCUGGACCCGGCGACCCCGCCUGACUUUGUGGUUGUAGAUCCAAAAGCACCUGCUGCCUCUUUGAGGCCGCUUGUCGAUGCCAACAUGACACCGGUGCUGCAUUUCUGGAUCGAGUACUGCCUUCACCAUGAAACGUUUGUCGAGCCAAAGGAAUAUUUCGCUGCCUUGCCUGCUCUGGUGCCCCAACCGUUGCCCGACGGUGAGCAUUUGAGGCUGAUGCUACUCGGCUUCGACCCUGAUUCGCCAGAGCUCUACCACGCUCAGAAACUUGUCGUAGAGAUGGGCGGCAGCAUUAUUACUCAUUGGAAAGCCGAGUCUUUGACACACGUCGUCUGCGCCACACAGGAGAGCUUUGAAGGAAAACAUGCUCAACAUGCACGCAGCUGUGGUGUUCCCGUUGUCGGACUUGACUUCAUCAUCAAAGCAAGGCAGUCCGGUCGUCUGCUUCCGCCGCCCGUCUCCAUUGCGAUUACGGAGCCAUCUUCAUCGGCCCUGACCACGAGCAGCAGCAGCAGCAGCGGCGGCACCGCAACCAACAUGUACUCUGCCAUGGCUGCCUCAAAUGAACACCACAUUCACGAUAGUCUGGUCCAGUCUGGUCCAGAUCUGCCCUUGGCAGGCUGCACCGUUUCGAGAACCAAAGCAUUGGCCUCUCAAAGUGUGGUACUCGAACGCAAGGCUUUGCAGCUCGGAGCUUGUUGGCAAGCACAGGCUAGUGUGUCGACGACACAUCUCCUUCAUGGCGGCUCUGGCAUACCUCGCGAGGCCAAAGAACUCAAGACCGGUGUGUUCCUUGUGCACCCAAAAUGGCUCGAAAAGUGCAUCGAGCAGAACAUUCGAGUCGAUGAGAGUCUUUUCCCUUCUUCAAUGGAUCCGUCCAGAUCGCUGCUCACUGUGCUGUCCAGUUCAGAUGGAUCUGCUAGCGGUGACUUUCUCUCGCAAGCAUCACAGAACCUCUUGCAGCACGGAACGAGAUACACCCAGGCGAGCCAACGGACCCAUGCAGAGCUCAUUGCGGCGGCCAAGCCGUGGCACCGGUCAAUCUCGGCAGACGCCACGAGAUGCAAUGACGGCAACCAGCUCCUCGGCAGAGCGGAGGAAGCGGAUGGUCGACACAUACGAGGCCGAUCGGAAGAGAUUACCUUGAUGCAAGGAGUAGGCGAUGAAGUAGGAGACGCAGACUUGAUGCUUCAGGAUGCCAAAUUUGACGCUGAUGUGACGCUCACAGGGUACAUGGCUCAAGGUGAUGUGAGCAUGGAUGCUGACGACACUGCCCCAGCUCCCUCAAGUCAAACACUUUUCGAAGAUGAAGAGGCCGCAGCUGACGAAGAAAUUGGUGAAGUGCGCGGCGUGAAAAGUGUGGGCUCCGAAACGAAGGACCAAGCUAAGACAAAGGAGCUCGACAUGCUCAAGUCAGCUCAAAAGGAGAUGGUGUCAGCAGACAAAGUCAUCGAGCUCCUGAACCGCCGAACGUUGGCCUCAGCCACUCGCAAGAAGAAUCGCCUCCCGCCACGCGCCCGCAAGCAGCGCUCUGACGAGGAGGUGAAGCGCAGCAGCGGUUCGACCGACGCCAAGCUUGCUCCAGAAAAGGUGCUCGAAGCACAAGCACGGCUCGAUGCUCAACGCGCUGCCGAGGCUGCUGCUCAAGGGUACUCGCUCGGCAUGGACAAGGAGGUAGGCUUACCACCUAGUAGUCAGACGGGUCAGAGCUUCGAUGCCAGCGUUCGCAUUGUGUAUGAUGAUCCUGCUGCGGUGAGGGAGCGCACAAAGCUGCUCAAAGUGCUCGCCCAGCACCAGCAACCGCUUGCUCGAGCUGUGGACGACGAGGUACCGGCCGAUGGCAACGAAGAUCGCACCGGAAACGUCCGGAUGGAGAGGAUCGGAGAUGCUGCUCACGCGAAUGGCGCUCUCAAGCGCGGAGCCGAAGACACUUUCGGUGCUGCAAGACAAAGCAAAGCUUAUUGGGAGAAUCGCAACAGCGAGAGUCCGAACAAACGGCCUGCCGUUCGUCGACAGCCACUGGCGCGGCGCUGA